AUGCAGGAGAAGAGUGUUGUACGAACUCAGAGCCCGGAACGGUCCUAUGAGGCCCAGGAUUCUACGCCGAUCUCGAACUACCAGGAUGAUCUGCACUCCCUCUCCUCAUCGCAGAACUCAGAACACUCAGAACCAGAACACGCAACAACGCCAGGCAGAGAUGCGGAGGACCAAGUUCCAGCGAAAUCCGCGCUGGACUCGGAAUCAGAAGAAGCCAUGAAGGUAGUCCCGCGGCUCUCGCGCCGCGGCCUCUUUGGCCAAAUCACCCUGCUGGAGGAGAUCGAAAACCCAAAGUGCUACCCGCGCAGUAAGAAAUGGUUCAUCACCUUUGUCGUCGCAGUUGCGGGCUCUGUCGCGCCAAUGGGGAGUUCGAUCUUCUUUCCUGCGCUUUCACAAGUAGCAGACGAGCUCAACGCUACGACAACAGUCACGAAUCUGACAAUCUCGCUGUACAUGCUGAGCAUGUCUAUUUUCCCGCUGUGGUGGUCGUCAUUCAGUGAACGGCUUGGAAGGCGGACGAUUUACAUAGCCUCAUUCGCGCUCUUCGUCGUGUUUAAUGUCCUCUGUGCAGUUUCGAGCUCAAUUGCUAUGCUUAUUGUCAUGAGAUUGCUUAGUGGUGGUGCUUCGGCGUCUGUUCAGGCUGUUGGUGCAGGCACAAUUGCUGAUAUAUGGGAUACGCGGGAGCGAGGGCGCGCUAUGGGGAUAUUCUAUUUGGGACCUCUGUGCGGGCCAUUGAUUGCACCUAUCGUGGGAGGAGCACUGGCGCAGCGGUGGCACUGGCGAAGCACAAUGUGGUUCUUUAGCGCGUAUGGCGGUGUCGUCGUCGUUCUCAUUCUUCUUGGUCUUCCAGAGACGCUGUCCGGUGCGAACCAGAAACCACUUAUGCCACCUGCUGAUCCCGCCUCGACAACAGAAGAGCCACUUUCCCGCCGCGCCUCCCGCGUCUCCUCCGUACAGACCCAAGUCUUUGGUACGACAGCCCGUUGGCUCAAGCUCAUCAAAAUAAUCUUCCUCGAUCCUCUCAAGAUCAUCCUAUAUCUGCGAUAUCUCCCCGUGCUGCUCACAGUUUACUACGCUGCCAUAACCUUCGGCUCACUGUAUGUGUUGAACGUCAGCAUUGAGAAUAGUUUUGGUAAAGAACCCUACAACUUCGAUACGUUGAUCGUAGGCCUCCUCUACAUUCCGAAUUCCCUGGGGUAUGUGGUGUCGAGUAUAUUCGGCGGGCGCUGGAUCGACAAGAUCAUGGUGCGUGAGGCAAAGAAGGCGAAUAGGUAUGAUGAAAAAGGGAACCUGAUCUUCAGACCCGAAGAUCGCAUGCGGGAGAAUGCAUGGCUGGGUGCGCUACUCUACCCAGCUGGACUCAUCUGGUAUGGGUGGACGGUUGAUAAAGGGGUUUUUUGGCUUGCGCCGAUGAUAGCAAACUUUUUCUUUGGCAUUGGCUCAAUGCUAAUUUUUAGCAUGGUAACAACCAUGCUGACGGAAUUCAUGCCAAAGAAAUCCUCCGAGGGCGUUGCGCUAAAUAACUUCACACGCAAUAUCUUCAGCUGCGUCGGUUCGUUUGUGACUGCACCCAUCAUCGGCGCCAUCGGGAACGGCUGGCUAUUUACAAUCAUCGGGCUCGUGGCAUUCGCGAGUAGCGGCGUUAUUGUUGUCAUGAGGGUUUUUGGGCCAAGGUGGAAGGAGGGAAUGGAUCGGUUGAUGCAAUAA